AUGCAAACCCUUCUCUUUUGGGCCUUCAACUUUUCGCCUCUGUUCGCCGCCAAUCCAAUCAAGCGCUGUUCUCAUAAUUUGUUGCCAACACAACAACCACCGCAAGACAAUCCAAGAACACUCUGUUCCCCAAACUAUCUCAAGAUGGCCCCAAACCGCAAACAACUCGCCCUCGCUCAACUCGAGCCGUUGAUGGACACGGCUCCUUUGGUCCAAGCCAAGUACUUGCCCUUGACAGCUCAAAUCCAACAACAAGAAGCUCCCGUUGCUCCAAAACCAGCAGAAGAACCCACCAUUAUCCGAUCCAAUGUCAACAGCGACGACUACUGGGGCUGGUCCAGUAGUGAACCAACACUUACAGUGGAUCUUUUUUCGGCCGACCGCAUGGAAGCCAACUUGCUGGCCGAUGUCGAACGCCGCUCCAACGCCACCACCAAAGUGAUUCGUGCCGCGGACACUUCGGAAGACUACUGGGCCGAACGCGUCGAAGCCCACAUUGUCCACAGUGAGUCCAACGCUGCCGUUUCGGAAGCCACUGGAUACUGGGAAUGGCCCCAAGACGCCAGCACGGUCCAGAUUGCUUUGAUCUUGAAGGAAGAAUUGGCACGCAAUGUGACAUCUGCUCAGACGAUGGAAGCUCGCUUGGUAGAAGAUGCCAAGACCCACACGACUACUGAAUCACAAGCCAAACCCGAAAACGAUGACUAUUGGGCAUGGACCCCCGAGGCCACCAUUGUGCGGGCCGAUCCUUCGUCUGUGAAUGAAUCCUACUGGCAAUGGAACACGGAAACCGCCCAAGUCAAGGAACAAGUGAUUGCUACCAUUGUUGCUUACGAAGAGAUUCGCGGCAUGUUUUCAGCGGAGCACAUUCAAGCCAAUUUGGAAAAGACGGUCACACCAGAGCCAUCUCGCCCGCAAGAAUCCUCUGAUUCCUACUGGUGCUGGCCUGCCGAAGAAGACGACUACUGGAAUGAACGUCCUCAAUCGUUGGUCCAGCGAGCGGAAGCAAUGCCAAUCCAAGGCUACUGGGAUAUGUAA